AAAAUGCCCCCGCUUCCGCUGGAGAAUGGAAAUUGGCAAAGACAGACGGAAAAGCUCCAAUUUGCGCCUUUGCUAUUUUAGGAGAGGUUGAAAUUACGAGCCAAAGUGGAGUGAUGCGCUAAGCGGAGUGACCUCCGUACUCCAAGAAAAGAGAAAACCCAGGUUCUCUGCUUGUGAAGUGGCUCGAGCUCUUAGGCGUGAGGCAUUAUUAUAUAAAUUCAAGCUCGCUCGUGAUCCUUAGUACCCUGAGUUGCCUGAAGGGGGGAAUGGCACUGCCUGCGUGUGCAGUCCGGGCGUUCGAGCCGCCGCGGCAACCGGAGCGAGGAGCGCCCGCCCGCACCACCUGUCCCCGCCAGCAUUCCAGAGUAGAGGCCGAAUUGGCAGCGAGCCGGCCAGGGUCGGUCGCCGCCUCAGUUCGCGCGGGCCCUCCUAGGGGUGUGUCUCACGGAUUCCACUCCCGGCCGCUCCUGGACAAGCCCCGAAAGGCGUCUUCUUCCCUGGCGGGAGCCGCGUGCGCCCCACUUUUCGCGCUGCUGUCCCGGGGCCGCCGCAGGCGGAUGCACGUCCUCAGGCGACGCUGGGACCUGGGCUCCCUCUGCCGGGUCCUGCUCACUCGGGGCCUGGCCGCCCUGGGCCACUCGCUGAAGCACGUGCUCGGUGCGAUCUUCUCCAAGAUUUUCGGCCCCCUGGCCAGCGUCGGGAACAUGGAUGAGAAAUCCAACAAGCUGCUGCUAGCUUUGGUGAUGCUCUUCCUAUUUGCCGUGAUCGUCCUCCAAUACGUGUGCCCCGGCACAGAAUGCCAGCUCCUCCGCCUGCAGGCGUUCAGCUCCCCGGUGCCGGACCCGUACCGCUCGGAGGAUGAGAGCUCCGCCAGGUUCGUGCCCCGCUACAAUUUCACCCGCGGCGACCUCCAGCGCAAGGUAGACUUCGACAUCAAAGGCGAUGACCUGAUCGUGUUCCUGCACAUCCAGAAGACCGGGGGCACCACUUUCGGCCGCCACUUGGUGCGCAACAUCCAGCUGGAGCAGCCGUGCGAGUGCCGCGUGGGUCAGAAGAAAUGCACUUGCCACCGACCGGGUAAGCGGGAGACCUGGCUCUUCUCCAGGUUCUCCACGGGCUGGAGCUGCGGGUUGCACGCCGACUGGACUGAGCUCACCAGCUGUGUGCCCUCCGUGGUGGACGGCAAGCGCGACGCCAGGCUGAGACCAUCCAGGAACUUCCACUACAUCACCAUCCUCCGAGACCCAGUGUCCCGGUACUUGAGUGAGUGGAGGCAUGUCCAGCGAGGGGCAACAUGGAAAGCAUCCCUUCAUGUCUGCGAUGGAAGGCCUCCAACCUCCGAAGAGCUGCCUAGCUGCUACACUGGCGAUGACUGGUCUGGCUGCCCCCUCAAAGAGUUUAUGGACUGUCCCUAUAAUCUAGCCAACAACCGCCAGGUGCGCAUGCUCUCUGACCUGACCCUGGUUGGCUGCUACAACCUCUCUGUCAUGCCUGAAAAGCAAAGAAACAAGGUCCUUCUGGAAAGUGCCAAAUCAAAUCUGAAGCACAUGGCGUUCUUUGGCCUCACUGAGUUUCAGCGGAAGACCCAGUAUCUGUUUGAGAAAACCUUCAACAUGAACUUUAUUUCGCCAUUUACCCAGUAUAAUACCACUAGGGCCUCUAGUGUAGAGAUCAAUGAGGAAAUUCAAAAGCGUAUUGAGGGACUGAAUUUUCUGGAUAUGGAAUUGUACAGCUAUGCCAAAGACCUCUUUUUGCAGAGGUAUCAGUUUAUGAGGCAGAAAGAGCAUCAGGAGGCCAGGCGAAAGCGUCAGGAACAACGAAAAUUUCUGAAGGGAAGGCUCCUUCAGACCCAUUUUCAGAGCCAGGGCCAGGGCCAGAGCCAGAAUCCGAAUCAGAAUCAGAGUCAGAACCCAAAUCCGAAUGCCAAUCAGAACCUGACUCAGAAUCUGACACAGAAUCUGAUGCAGAAUCUGAUGCAGAAUCUGACUCAGAGUUUGAGCCAGAAGGAGAACCGGGAAAGCCUGAAGCAGAACUCAGGCAAGGAGCAGAACGAUAACACCAGCAAUGGCACCAACGACUACAUAGGCAGUGUAGAGAAAUGGCGUUAAAUGGCUCAAAAAGGCCUGCACAUACUUCUCCCAAAGCGCCACUGAAAAGAUGGCAUAGUUUAAAAGAUGAAAGUGUCCAAACACAUCCUGCUUCGUUCACUGGGGAAGUUAAAAAAAAAAAAAGUUUAGAUGUUGCCUUUACAGUUGCCUUUCAAUUCAGUGUUAUACUGUGUGUGGGUAAAACAAAUCUCAAUAUGGAAUUAAAUUGUCUUUUUGGGGUUGGACUAUUUAUGAAAUCCGAAAGCCAAACCAGACUCACCAGAAAUUGCUGUUUAGAUAUUUUAAGAAGUUCUUGAAUUAGUCAUGGAGACAAAAUGAAAACAUAAAAUGUGACCAUUUAACUUAUGGCUAAGAAAUGGACUUUGAAUUAUUCAUGAUACACUGUUAAAACCCAGUCUUGGAUUCAAACGUUUUUUCCAGGGGUGAGAAUAAGUAUAAACAUAAAGCGACUAAAAUGAAAUAUAAAACCUUUUAUUUUCUUCUGAUUUUAACAAGGAAUCUAUUUAAAUAGAAUAACAACUGAUGGUGAAUCUUACCAAGCUGUAGAAAAUAAAAAAUUCCUCUCCAAACAUGAGUAGUUUUAUGUCAAAAUAUUGGCUUUUCAAGAACAGGACUCAUAUCUUGAUAUUUAAGAGACGUUUAAAAUUUAAAACUUUUUCUACCUUCUACUGUUGAAAGGUUUUAAACAGGGUGUAUCUCACAUUAAACAAAACACCUUUUUUUUUUUUUUUUUUUUUCAAAAUGAAAUACCAAUGUAAAGAUCUAAUUUCCAGGCGCUUUCAGGGCACUGUAAUUUCAACAAUACUGGAAUCAUUUUGGCGCUGCUUCCCAUUCAUUUUAAGGCUUCUCUGAAUUGUGCUCAUUCCAAAUUAACCCAUGUAUAGAAUCUUUUUUCAUCAUCUAAAUGGUGUGUUGCUGAGUUUGUUGUGGUAUAUAAUCCUGGAUUAAAGUCAGGACUUUCUUUCUAUAGAAUUAUUUUAUCAGUAUUCGUGUAGUGAGGUCCUAAUCAAGAAACUUGAACAGGAUAAUGUGUCUAAAAAUAUUGCCGAAGUUAUUCUUGAUCAGAUAGAAUUUAACCUAAAAUGUGAACUCUUACUUACUUUUUCUACAUCUCUACUGUAAUGUUUCCAGUUGGGCCAACUAUUUCUAGCCCUUUAGUUCUUUUUCGUGUUGACGGAUUUGUAGACAAUUACAAAAGCCAAAAAAGGAUAAAAUAAGCAUUAGGAAGGCUAGCCAGAGUUAUUCAAUAGCACCUUGAUAAUGUGGGCAAACCCUUCUACGAAAUUUUUGUUUUGAAAAGAGCAAAAGUAAAAAGUGUUCUGUAGUGAGGUUACAUAUCAGGAACAUAUUAGUUGAACAGAGUGAUUUGGUAGUGUAAGUCGAUGCAAAAAUACUUCUAUGGUAUCAAUUACAAACGGACCAAGAUAAAAAGAAGUAUGUGACCCACUGUGCUGUCAAGCAUCACGAUUCCUGGCAGUUUUCAUUUUACUAUGGAUUUUGCUAUACUUAUGCAAUGACUUAUACUAACCUCCUGGCUGUAAAUCAAACAAGGUGACUGAAAGUGGCAUUUAUGUUUUCAGAAGGGACACGCUUAGAAGUGUGACCAUGAAGUUAUAUCUUUUACAGUCUGCUCAUGUGUUUCAUCUGUAGUAAUAUAGCCACAAACUGGACAAGAAGCUGGGUAUUUGGGUUUAAAAUGGAUUUUCUUGACUCUGAGCUUCUAUCGCUAUUUCUAGCUUUUGUUUUGUCUGACAGUAUUGCAAUCCUGAAAAUCCUGAGAGCUAAAAAACUGAAAGGAAUUUUUUAAAAACCACACUUUGAAGUCACAGUGUUUUAGAGUAAAACUAUUUUGUGUACAAUUGUGUUUUUAAAAUAGUUAGUAGAUCACUAUGAUAUUUCAAUUUUCUUUAGUUUUAAUUGAAAAUGUUUGCUUUUAAAACUGAUAGGUACUGUUGGAAAGCAGGAUGAAGCCUGAGCCAGUGGAAGAGCUUACAGAAAAAACAUUUUGUGUUAUUGCUGUGGUGUGCAUGAUUUGCAAAGAUUAAGUGCAUUUUCUCCGUCUAUACUGAUUAUUGUAUAUAGAGGAUGUUAUAAAUAUACACUUUUGCCAUUAUGUAAAUCCCAUGAUUUCAACUGUAAACAUCUGUCCAUUGGUGUAGCUUUACAAACCAUUCACUGAUUUUGUGUAAUUUAACAAUAGAUAUGAAAUAAAGUUUAAAUUACAGGC